AUGGGGAAGGUAGGUCGGAAAGUGGCGGCGAGGGCGGCGGAGGGGAAAGCUAGUACGAUGGCGGAAGAGGAGGGGCUGGUGGUGCUGCGGAGCCAGGACGGCAUGGAUUUCCUGGUUCCCGCAGAGGAGGCGAGGCUGUCCAUGUUCGUACAUCGCAGGAUCGAGCUCGACCGCGACAACCACAUGGUCCCCGCCGACGGCGACGAGACCAAGUACACCCCCAUCUUGCUCCGCUCCAUCCGAGGCGACGUCCUAUCCAAGGUUUUGGAGUACUGCAGGAAGCAUGCCUCCGGCGACGACGACCCCGCCUGGGAUGCCAACUUCGCUAGUCUCCUCGACCAAGAGACUCUCUGCGACCUCAUCCUGGCUGCACACUCCCUCUGCAACCCAGGGUUGCUUGCUCUGACCUGCCAGGCUGUUGCCAAUAUGGUCAAGGGGAAGUCUGUUGAUGAGACCUAUAAGCUCUUCAACUUGGAGACUCUCUGCGACCUCAUCCUGGCUGCACACUCCCUCUGCAACCCAGGGUUGCUUGCUCUGACCUGCCAGGCUGUUGCCAAUAUGGUCAAGGGGAAGUCUGUUGAUGAGACCUAUAAGCUCUUCAACUUGGGUCAGGGCCGGGCGCUCACACGGGAGCAAAAUGCCUUGAAGGCCCGUCACGUAGUUCGCUGCCAGGAGUUUACUGCAUACGACCCCAAGCGGCGUGAUCUCAUCUGUACCCGCCUCUCCCACGACUAUUACAACAUAGCCUUCUUUGACCAUGACCAAGAGUCUAGGAUUGCCCGUGGGCCGCCACUUGGCAGUAUUGCAGGGUCUAUCUUGGAUUGGGGCGUACGAUCUUCGCUCAACAUCAUUUUGCUGAAGGUAUCGGAAUCUGAGGUGGGGUAUCCUUUCAGUGUGUUUGGGACCGUGAUUGCAAGGGAUGAGGUGGACUACAAGUGUCUCUAUCUGUUCAGGCGUGAAAAGAAAGACGCCCAAAUCAUCAAAUCGAUGGAUGAUAUGUUGAUUUUGACAGAUCCACCUCGAGGGUUGGUUUUGCUAGAUGAAGUUUUCUUUGAGAUUGAUUUAAAGAUCGAGCGCGAUGGAGGUGCAACUAUGGAUUUCAGCAAAGGUGUGAUAUCUCUUAUUAGGGCCCGCCUCCCUGUGGAUAGGCAGACCAUGACAGUCAACCUAUGCAGCUGGCUAAGCAGUGUGGAUGUGCUUUGUGAACAUGUUGAGCAACCGGUGGAAGCUACAGUUGGGAUUACUAGCUUGAAGGGGCCCUGCAAUCUGGGUGGAGUAUGUGUUUGGGCUGAUGGGAAUUAUGAGGAGCGCAUUAUACUCUACAGUAGCGAUUCAUGCCUCGCUGUUGGCGGCCCUGUGCCCUUGGCACGCCGUGUGGUGGCCGUCCCGAUGGGUAAGAAGUUGGUAAUCCGUCUUAGAGGUCUUACAGAUGAAUCUGACUAUGUCGCUGGUCUUACCAAGGAAGGUGAGGAGGGCGAGGAUGUUGUUAUCACUAUGGGGCCUUCCGAUGAAGGUAGUUGUGUUUGCAGCAUGGGAUGGGGUGAAGUGCAGGUGCAAGUCGCCUGGACUGGUAUCCUGAAGAGAGAGGAAUACAAGAUGGAUGUUGUUGGAGAUGUGAGUCUGUUGCGGUAAGGAUGGCGGGUGUGUAACAUAACCGGGAUAGUUCGUGAAGUAACCUGGCUAUUUAUUUAGCUCUAAAUUGAUGUUGAACAAAUUCUUGCUGUGUCUUUUACCUGUGCUGUUGAAGAUCUGAUGUUGGGCGCUGCUAAUUUGCAUCCAGCUGCUUGUUAUUAAAUCCACUUCUCCUGGAUGCCUUUUGCAUGCAUUUUGGAAUGUUGGAAACCCUAAUGUGAUAUGGAACAUAAUACAGUGUUAAAGGCAUGUGUUUUGGAA